CGCCUCUGUAUACGAUCUCUCUCUCUCUCUCACUACACUGGCAAACACACAAACACUCUCUCUCUCUCUCUCUCUCUCGCACAUAAUUACCAAUAUUGAGUGAUCAGUGAGUCUCACUCUAUUUUGGGACAACGAUAGCUCUCUGCUAUCACAGCCAUGGAUGAAGAAUACGAUGUUGUAGUGCUUGGGACAGGUCUCAAGGAAUGCAUUCUCAGUGGUCUACUCUCUGUUGAUGGACACAAAGUUCUGCACAUGGAUAGAAAUGAUUACUAUGGAGGAGAGUCCACCUCACUAAAUCUCAACCAGCUCUGGAAGCGAUUCAGGGGCAGUGACACACCUCCAGAACAUUUGGGCUCAAGCAGAGAUUACAACGUCGAUAUGAUCCCCAAGUUCAUGAUGGCUAAUGGUGGCCUUGUUCGUGUUCUCAUCCACACCGACGUCACGAAAUAUCUGAAUUUUAAAGCUGUAGAUGGCAGUUUUGUGUACAACAAAGGGAAGAUUCACAAAGUACCAGCUACUGAUGUGGAAGCACUUAAAUCUCCACUGAUGGGAUUGUUUGAGAAGCGACGUGCUCGAAAGUUCUUCAUUUAUGUGCAAGACUAUGAAGAGAAUGAUCCAAAAUCCCAUGAAGGACUCGACCUCAACAAAGUUACUGCAAAAGAUAUCAUUUCGAAGUAUGGGCUAGAUGACAAUACAGUUGACUUUAUUGGGCAUGCAUUGGCACUCCAUAAAGAUGAUAGUUACUUAGACCAGCCUGCUAUGGAUUUUGUGAAGAGAGUUAAGCUCUAUGCAGAGUCUUUAGCUCGCUUUCAGGGAGGAUCUCCUUAUAUUUAUCCACUAUAUGGACUGGGAGAACUACCUCAGGCAUUUGCUCGUUUGAGCGCUGUCUAUGGUGGGACUUACAUGCUCAACAAACCAGAAUGCAAGGUAGAAUUUGAUGAAGAUGGAAAGGCCUUUGGAGUGACUUCGGAAGGAGAGACUGCAAAAUGCAAAAAAGUAGUAUGUGAUCCUUCAUAUUUGCCUAACAAGGUAAAGAAGGUUGGGAAAGUAGCUCGUGCAAUAUGUAUAAUGAGUCAUCCUAUUCAAAGCACCCAUGAUGCUCACUCGGUCCAGGUUAUUCUGCCUCAGAAACAAGUUGGGAGAAAAUCAGAUAUGUACCUGUUCUGCUGCUCGUAUUCUCACAAUGUAGCUCCAAAAGGUAAAUUCAUUGCUUUUGUUACAACGGAAGCAGAGACUGAUAAUCCUGAAGUGGAACUGAAGCCUGGCAUAGAGCUUCUUGGUCCUGUAGACGAAAUAUUUUUUGAUACUUAUGACAGAUACGAACCCACUAACCAGCAUGCUGUUGACAACUGUUUCAUAUCCACUAGUUAUGAUGCAACGACUCACUUUGAGUCAACAGUACAAGAUGUGAUCGCCAUGUACAGCCAGAUAACCGGAAAGACUCUUGAUCUGACUGUGGAUCUGAGUGCCGCCAGUGCUGCUGCUGAAUGAAUUUUUUGGCUCACACAUCCCCCAGAAGAACAGAGAGAAGAACUCAAAGAACCUUCAUUCAUUGCCUUCUGUGUUCUUUUCAAUGCAAGAGGUAGCAGUCCUUGAGCAAAUACUGAACCUCCGCAAAACUGAUUGACUUCAUAUGAAACCUGCAUUGCAUUUUAACAGAUACUUUUCUUCCACCUUGUAUUGGGAAUUUGUUGUUUUUCCAUAAGAUUUGUCUUUUUUAAGUAUUUCAUUUAGACGGUAAUAAAUAAAAUUCAAAAUUUUUAUUUUCA